AUGAAGAGACCAGCAACUCAUUGUGGAUUAUGGUACACUUCCAAUGGUUCUAAAUUGACCAAACAGAUCAAAGAUUCAUUUUCUCAUUCCAUAAUCCCUGGAACACGAAUCCUUGUUGGUCCUCAUGCUGGUUAUACUUAUAGUGAUCAACAAUUGGGAGAAAGUUUUAGUGUGUUAGAUUUGACCAAUAUAAAAAGGAUCUUUAUCCUUGGACCUUCCCAUCAUGUUUACUUCAAGAACUAUGUCACUUUGAGUCCAUAUAAAUCUUAUGAAACUCCCUUGGGUGAUUUGGACGUCGAUACUGAUGUUUGUAAGAAACUCGUCAAAUUGAGUAAUCAUUUCAAAUUCAUGGAUGAAGACACCGAUAAUGAUGAACAUUCGUUUGAGAUGCAUUGUCCUUAUAUUGCCUAUAAGAUCAGAGACUUCAAUAAGGACUUUGAUAGUGACUUGACAGACCUAUCAGGACCUAAGAUUAUACCUAUAAUGGUCAGUUCGAUUGAUGAGACCUCAAUAACCAAAGUGGUAGAUUCGUUAUCACCAUAUUUCCAAGAUAAGUCCAAUGCUUUUGUCAUAAGUUCAGAUUUCUGUCAUUGGGGGUCUAGAUUCAAUUAUACUAAGUAUCUUACCAAGAAAUUAGACAUGGACUUAAAUAAUUUAGAGAAAGUCUCAUUGACCAAAGAUGAUUUAACGUCAGUUUCUUCCAUCAAUGGGAACUUACCCAUCUAUAAAUCCAUUAGAAACCUCGACAUGAUAUCGAUGUCUAUAGCAUCUUCAGGAUCAUCAAAAGAGUGGUAUGAUUAUAUAAAGUUAACCGGCAAUACGAUUUGUGGUCAAAAACCUAUUUAUAUUGUCUUAAAACUACUUGAACUUCACCAAGAAGGGAAAUUUAAAUGGUUGGGUUAUAGUCAAAGUAGUCAAGUGACCACAUAUUUUGAAAGUAGUGUUAGUUAUGCCUCAGGUUAUGUUUAA